AUGGGUGCUCUCACAUGGGGUAACGAGGAUGGAGACAUGAAUCAGAAUGAGCUCUUUAAAUAUACCAUCAAGAGAAGUGACCCGGAAGAAACAAAGAAGAAAACUUUUUUUUGCCCUCACAGGGAACCGUUGUUGAUAUCAAGAACCUUAUCUUGCAAGCAUAACGAAGUGGUAAACGAUGAGGAGAAACGAAGGAAACAGAAGAUAGAUCUCAAAUUUGGAUAUUUCAUUGAUGAAGACACCUCGAGAUGGUUGAACUUACAAAAGGUUAAAUCAAAAGAAUGGGAAAUUGAAACCUUGCGCAAAUACCAUGCUCAGGCUGAAGCCAAGGUCAGAGCAGCUUGGAUUGAGCCGAUAGAUCACAAAGAGAAUCUUGUUUUAUACUCAACCUUUCCAGAAGAACUACCACUUUGGUACCAUCUUUUGGCACAUCAUCUCGAGCCACAACCAUCGUUCUCAGUCUUAAUGACACUAAAAAGCUAUUCUAAGAGAUACAGAGAGUGGAAGAAAAUAUCAAUGCUAAUUCUCUCAAUGGUUCUUGAGCUCUGUAAAUUGAAGGCAAGAAAGCUACUUGCUGGAACAAGCAUAUUUAGCUCCUAUUUCCUUGGGAGAACUGUUGUAACUGAUUCGGGACAAAAUCAAAAUCACUUUCUCGACAACCUUGACUGGUACACCCUUCCAGAUAUCAGUGGCGAGCCUGAAGUUAGAAAGUUCCAGAACAUGAAUAAUUUUCCCAAAGAGGAUAAUACUAUCCUCACAGCUUGGCCGCAUUUCAGAAAUCUGGGGGAAAAGGUUAUCAGUAAACCAUACGAGGGAUUGCCAGAAAACAAACAGCCUUGCAGUUGUUUUGAAGUUCCGAAACAUGCUUGCCUGGUAAGGGCUAAACGGAAAGCUGUUCCGUUCAGCCUGACGAUACCCAAGUGGCAAGUUACUCGCUCUGUAGCCGUUAUGGAAGAUAUGCGCCUUUUUGACAUCGAACAAUGUGAUGACCAUGUUGCACCAAUUAAUAGUGCCACUGCUGAAAACCCGACUUCAGAAGAAUACCGCAAUUACUUGUCAACCAAGAGACUGCCAAAGAGAAAGGCAUUCUACGAGAAAAUUCAAGAGAAGGUUGAGUCCUCCAAAUUUGAGGAGAGGAAGGGGACGAAGCAACUUUCUCAUCUUCAACAGCUUCGUGAGUCUCUUUCAAGACUUGCGUCUCAAUUCAGACAGGGACCUUCCUCAGUAUUCAAGCUUAACGAAGAUGCCAAUGAUGACAAUGCUGAGGUACAUGAUGACGCUUGUUGUUCUCGAAGCUACAAUGAUCAUGCUACUAAAUUUUCUAUUCACAGCUCAUCUGAAGUUGCCAUGCUGAUAUUGAAGAGAAUGCGUGAGAAAUCCAUGAACUUAGUGUUCAAGGUUACCUCCAAAGAAAGUUCUCAAGAAGCGGGACAAGAAAGCGAGGGUGCCAAUUCACGAAUCAGUACUUCUCUUAGUGAUCAAAGUGUUUGCAUUGAGAACCUUUCCACUCAUAAAAAGGUCAACUCACAUAUGAGCAAAGCGAGCCUUUAUCUCUUAUCGUCUACGAAACUAAUACAUUCGAUCCUCACGAAUCGCAAGAACCUUCUUCAGUACUCAAAGGAACGAGAAAGCAAAAACACCAAACCUGCGCUGAAACUCACACCAAUAACUUCAAAUAUACCUCAACCUAAGAACUAUUUCUGUGGUACUCAAGGAUUUCGUGGGUACACACUGUCACUUCCAAUUGACGAAAAUGAUUUGUUCCUUGACACGUCGACGAGUGGUGCUCCUAUAAAAGGUCUGCUUUGUUCGCUUGAACGUGAGUUUGGCUCUAUUCCAGUGGUAAAAAAUUUUGAUGAAGAAUCUAGACUGCCGGUAAAACUCAAAAAGUUUGUUUCAUACAUGAAAACAGCUUUAUUUUGGGAGCUGAAGAAACAGUUAUCGAUAAAUUGUGCGAGUUAUCGAAGUAGGGGUCAAUCUCAACCUUUGAUGUUUGAUGUCCUAAACAGCGGAGAAUGUUUCAGCGAUAAAAUCAUUCAAACCACGCCAGCCUCAAUAGAAGAGAACAAUAUCGACAGUUUCACGAACACCACAAUGGAUUCACAGAAGAAUUACUGCUUUUUGCAUAGUUCGCCUCUUUUGUCGAGAUGCCCUGCUGGUCAUAUAGAUUCCAAGCAUUGGGAACAAUCUGAAAGCAUCAGAAGCGCUGGAAUGUUUAUUCAACCCAGUCAACAGGCACUCAUGACUAUUGCUCCUGCAAAAUUGCCCUCACUGGCACCUUCGCCACAUGAUGAGCUUAAUGAAAUAAGUCAAGAGACCACUUUUCAUAAUGCCGAAGCUGAAAUAUUAUCGAAAGUUGCUCAGUCCUCAAGGGGUUAUCCCCAUUACAAGCUUGCUCAUCACACAAUGGCAGACCCCAAGACGAGUCAAGAGCAGACGCACAUUAAUGAAAAUAUUUUGCCCUUAAAGAAGGGUAAGGUCAAUACAACAAACAAAUACGUUGACAUUUCAAAAAGAGAACAUAUCAAAACGGAUCUGCCCACCAUCGGCUUUCCAAACAAAAUUAAAAGAGACUCACAUUCCAGCUUAUCUUCCUUUAAAAGCAAUUUUCUUUUCCAAGAACAGAUUCAAGCAAUUGUUUUCAAGGCAACUGAUUCCACCAAUGAACUAACUAAGUCCCAUGUUCACAACAAUCCCCAAGAGGUAAAGCAGAGCAAAGACAAAAUUUCAUCGAAGCACGAUGAGCAAAAAGUAGACAACAUACAGAGAGUCACUUGUCAGCAUCAUCUUGAAAAUGAGGAUCUAAAACGCAUCAAGGAAGUAUUCGUAUUUGCAGAUGAAAACAGACUCAGUCUUUUUGAGAGCACAAAUGACGAAGGCAUCAACUUGCAACUUAACGUUCCCACCAAAGUGAUGUCUACCUUUUUUAAACAAAUUCUACUCCAACUGAAAAUAAAGAAAUACGAGGAAGUGAAACUUGCACUGCUCGAAGGCGAAACUGAGCUUGGGCUUGAGUAUGCUUUUCAAAUCUUGCCUUCUGAGUAUAGGUAUGAACUACAGGGACCACGAAGUGAGGAAAUGUCCCUCCCAUUCAGGAUUUUGAGAGAAGAUCCAAUCAACUCACAAACCAUUGACCUAUUUGGUAGAAGAAUCAAAAGCUUCACACAUCAAGAAAUCAGGUCAUUAGUAUUGGUUUUAAAAACCUUGCCAUUUCCUUUCAUUACGAAUCUGUCUGCACUCAUCUUGGAAGAACACUUACGUCGACAUUUACAGUGA